AUGGACAUGUCGGAAAUUCGUGCAAAGACAGCUGACGCUGCCAAUACCGUUGCUUCAAAGAUGCAAGAGGAGGCUCGGAACCUUGCGAAUAAGACGUCUGAACGUGCGCAACAACUGUCUGAAAAGGCUGAAUCGACGGGUGCCCAGGACUCUUUGACAGGCAAGACGGCCCGUGCGACGGAGAAGCUCUCGCACAAGACGAGUGAGGCUGCGGAGAGGUUUUCGUCGUCACUCGAUCGCCGUGCAGAUGACCUGCGGAAUAUCAAUGCGAAGGAGUCCGACCAGUUGCAUGAAGAAAGUGUGAGUGCAAACGCAGCAGCGCCUGUGGCGCACGAAGGUGGAUCUGUCACGACAGGUGUGCAGCCCAGCACCGAGGUUGACAGCACGUUGCAUGCGCCAACAGCUUCAUUCGCUCCUGCUCCUGUACAGGAGACAACCGUGCUCGAAGGCCAUGGCCUGGUGGACCCGGCCUCAGCGUCCACGGUGACGAACGUGUCAUCCACUGGGCUUGACCAGACUCUGCCGACGGAGCCUGCUGCUGUUCGUAGUGGACAGAGUGCGUCAGAGAAGCCUGCGGCUUAUACGGCCACGAGCAUGCCAUCUGCUGAGGCGGCAAUGAAUCUUCCAACGAGGACAGCGCACGCCACAGAGUCGACUACGAUGCCAUUCGUAUCGAACUCGGCGUCUGCCUCUUCGACCUCCCAGCCAAGAAUGGCACCUGGUGGCAAGGUGCGUUUGACCAACUACCCGACGAUCAAGAAUGCCGUGCUGCCAGCGGAAGGGAACGGAAGCUUCAACAACAUGCACCUGGCAUUGCUGGUGCUGCUGGGCCCGGCUGUGCUACUUCGUUUGAUUCCAUUUGUAAAGGCCAGCUGGUUUGGCUGGAGGUCUUACAUUUUGCUUGUGGCUGUGCUUGGUGUCCCACUCACGAUUGCGUACUGGACCAUCAUGAGCAUGACUGGACCGCGAAUCAACGAGAAAGUGACGCUGCCGAACCGGCCGAUCGAAGACUAUCUCGACAUCCAAGACGAGUCGCUCCGCCGUAAGUACACAGGCUAUAACAAGAUCCCCAUGCAGAUCUUUUGGGAUGCGUACAUUGAUGGCAAAAUCGAGGUGAAGGGAGAUCUGCUUGAUGUACUAGAAUACCGCUGGGACUGGGCAGCGAUGCACUUCACGCCUGAACUGUUCCGCUACGUCUUAUUUAAGAUGUUACCGGAUGUAUUGAUGCACAGCUCACGGCAAGACGAGGAGCAGAUCCGGGACAACUACGAUCGAGGCAACGACUUCCAUGAGUGGUUCCUUGGCCCCCAGAUGGUCUACACUUCGGGCCUAAUUUCGGAUCCGAAUCGGGAGGAGACGCUCGAAGAACUGCAGGACAACAAGAUGAACCUCGUGUGCUCGAAGCUAGCUCUGAAGCCGAACGAUCGUGUGCUGGACAUUGGCUGUGGCUGGGGUACGCUCGCAGCCUUUGCUGCCAAGAACUAUGGCGCGAAUGUUACGGGCGUGACGCUUGCACGGGAGCAAGCGGCAUUCGGCAAUGAGCGACUGCAGAAGAAUGGCAUUUCGGAAGACCAGGCUCGGAUCCUGUGCCAAGACUACCGAGACAUUCCUGUGCAGCCGGGCCACUACAACAAGAUCGUGUCGUUGGAGAUGGCUGAGCAUGUGGGCAUCCGACACUACGCUAAGUUCCUGAAGAAUGUGUACAACCUACUGGAUGACGAUGGUGUGAUGGUAUUCCAGGUCGCUGGUCUGCGCCCUCGCUGGCAGUACUGGGACCUGAUCUGGGGUCUCUUCAUGAACAAAUACAUUUUCCCUGGUGCCGAUGCUUCCUGUCCUCUUCACUGGGUCAUUGGCCAGCUGGAGUAUGCUGGCUUUGAAGUGCGAUCGUGCGACGUCGUUGGCAUCCAUUAUUCUGCUACGAUUGACCGCUGGCUCAAGAACUGGAAAAAGAACGAGGCCAAGGUCAAGGCCAAGUACGGUGAUAAGCUAUACCGCCUCUGGCACUUUUUCCUCGCAAGCUCGGUCAUCAUUGCUCGCGAGGGCGGCUCGAGUCUCUUCCAAAUUACCGUCACCAAGAAUCUUAACGCAACACACCGUAUCGAGGGUGUCGAGUCGCACGGCAACUUGUUGCCUCGCCCGAACCGAGGCAAGAACUACCAGAGUGUGUACUAA